UGAACAUAUUCCAUGAUGAAAUUAUUGACCCCCCACCCCACCACACACACAAGCAAAAAAUAACGAGGGAUGAGCUGAAUCUGAACUGGCUAAUCCACCAUCCAUGGUGCUGUCCAAUUGGCCCCAGGAGACUUAGCAAAUUAUUUGUUUUUUUCUUGAUUAUGCUGACACAUUUUUCCCCAUUAUUUAUUUUUUGUUUUGGAAGGCUGGUUCUGGAGGACCUCUUGUCAAUUACAAUGGUCAAGUUCUCGGUAUGAACUUCUAUGAAGACAAUCAAACAUCGUACCUUCCAAUGUUAAUUGUUUCAAGGAUCCUGGAACAACAUCAGAGCUUCGGAUAAACUAUUCUACUUGUGAUGCAUCUACUUAUAGUUUUUCUAUUAUAUGUUUUGCCUUAGCACUCUUAUUAGGGAAAAUGGACUCGUCAUUUGUUCUUUAUUACUCCUUUUUUAUUUUGGCUGAGUAUGUGUCAAAUAAGAUUUUUUUUCUUAUUGUGCAGGAAAUUAAUUAGCCCUUGGCUUGGAUUAAAGUAUACUUCUCUUCAUAUGGUGUCACUGGCAACCCUGGAGCGUAUCUAUCAAAAAUUCCCAGAUGUUGACCAAGGUUUAUAUGUUUCAAAGGUUGUUGAUGGAUCACCUGCUGAUGUUGCUGGGUUAUGUGUCGGUGAUGUUAUUGUAAAAUGCGGUGAAAAAGUUCUUCUGACUGCUCCAGAGUUUGGUUCAAUGUUAUUGGAUGCUGCGGUGGCCCAUGUUGAAUCCUUUGGAGGUUGUGAUGGAGACAUGAUAAUUGAGGUUGCGAUAAAGCGACGAAGAGAUGGCAACACACUAUCAAAAACUAUAGUUGUGGAGAUGCUGAAAGAGAACAAUUAUAACAGGUGGCCUGCGCCGAUGCCAACCUACAAGAUGCGUGUUAUAAAUGUCACACCGCGUGGCAUAGGCAGCUACUAG